CUUUGUUGUUAGACUGUAGCAAGGCGACUGUUUAUCCUUCCAGCUAGCUGACACACUCCGUUUUACUAGGAAGUGCAAAGUUAGAUUGAAAUGAUUCGUGUUACGCUUUGACGUAAUUGAAUCAUGCCGAAAGUGGGAUCCAUGUCGUGCUAGGUGGAAGAAGUCAGCUGCUUUGAAAAAGGAAGUUUGUCACAUCGAGGAGAGUACACAUGUCGUCUGCCGCAGGGACAGUGGAAAAUGCCUCCAUCAUUUCAGAGAGUGCGGCCCAUGAUGGAAACCGAUUAUGGAUAGGCAACAUUGAUCCCAAAAUCACAGAGUAUCACCUGGUGAAGUUGUUGGAGAAGUUUGGCAAUGUGAAACAGUUUGACUUCCUGUUUCAUAAGUCUGGGCCUUUGGAGGGACAACCUCGAGGCUACUGCUUUGUAAACUUCAACACCCGAGAGGAGGCAGAGAGGGCCAUUCAGUGUUUAAAUGGGAAGCUAGCUUUGUCCAAGAAGCUGGUGGUGCGCUGGGCGCACGCACAGGUGAGGAGGUUCGAAGGUUUCCGUAAUGAGAAGACAAUGCCCCCGAGCCUUGAACCUUCGUGCAGCGGCGCUGCGGAGGAAGGAGCCGUAGCCGCAAACCACCUCAGUACGAGUGCAAAGAUCCGCGCCAUCGAGGCCAAGCUGCAGAUGAUGGAGGAGAAUCCAGACGAUGACUACUCAGGCCCGUCAGCGUACGUUCACAACAAACCGCCGGAGAGGAAGCGCUGGGAGCCGUACUCUAAAUCCCACCACAAUAAUCAGAGCAGACCCUUCCGCAAGUUUAGGAGAUGACCCAUCAUUUCUGGAGAAUCCCCUCCCUCCGUCUCUACACACCUCAUCUCCCACCUACACAUAAACACACUCUACACUAGAUGCUAUAAAGACUAUACACAUGCUGUAUGGGAAUAAACAUUUUGAAGUUCUUCUUGAUACUUUGAAACACAGGACUCUUUUGGAGGUAAUUGAAGCAAUCAUGGACAAGAAUUUUAAGUGGUUUCUUUUUGUUUUUGGUUUGCAGUUAUCAUUCAGCCGAUCCCGACUGCCAUGCAGGUUUAAUCCCACAUAAAUCUUUCUGCUUCCUCACUUAUGCAGAGAUUUAUUUCAAGGGGAAUCCAACAGCCAAGAGUCACACGAUGCAAAGAAAGACAUGUCAUUAUAGUUUAUAUAGUCUAAAUGGUCGCUCUGUUUUUGACAUGGUUUUACUUUCCGUUUACGUAAUAUAAAUGUGGAAAUACGUUGUUUUUCCAAGACUAAGACAAAGAGGAAUUAAAACAUAGAUUUAUAACAGGUUGGUACUCAUGGAGAUGAUACAAUAAGCCACAAGCCUCUCAGCGACAACUACUGUAAGUUGCAGUAUUUUGUGUUUUUUUCCGGAUAGUUUUCCUUUUUUUGUCUCGGAUCCAAUUUUUUAUACGACUGAUCUUUUUACUGAAUUAAUGUGGUGUGAAGAGUUUUUGGUAUUUCCUUUGCCACAGUCUCUAUUAUUAUUAAAGACAAUGAAAUAUGA